GAAAGUGAUAAUACCUUCAUAGUAGGCAAGAUGGUCAUCACAACCCCAUUCCAGACACUCUUCGCAGUCCCAAUGACGUGCGAGAGCUGCGUCAAAGAUAUUUCCGGGUCACUGUACAAGCUGAGCGGGAUCCAAAAGGUGGAAGCCAAUCUCAAAGAUCAGCUCGUGACUAUCGAAGGCACAGCGCCACCAUCUGCCAUUGUGGCAACCAUUCAAGCAACAGGUCGAGAUGCGAUUUUGCGUGGCACAGGUACUUCAAACAGUGCAGCAGUUUGUAUCCUCGAAACACAUUCUACCUCCGUGUCAGACAAAGUUCGCGGUCUCGCGCGAAUGGUGCAAGUUUCGUCAGAUCUGACACUUAUUGAUCUCACGCUGAAAGGACUCUCUCCUGGCACUUAUUGGGCCUCUAUUAGGGAGACAGGGGAUAUUUCAAACGGUGCUAUCUCCACGCGGGGAAUAUGGAGCGAUCCGAAGGAGAACUCUAUUAAACCCCGUGGCGUUCUGGGAACGGUGCAAGUGGGCAAGGAUGGGAUUGGGAGCGUUUUCCUUGAUAAGCCCGUUCAAAUUUGGGAGAUGAUUGGGAGGGGGAUGGUGGUGUCGAAACAAGUGCAGGAGGGGAAGGGAAAGUUUGAGAGGAAUGAUGAGGAUACAUUGGUCGGUGUGAUUGCGAGGAGCGCGGGCGUCUGGGAUAAUGAUAAAACGGUUUGUUCGUGUUCGGGAAAAACGCUCUGGGAAGAGAGAAAGGAUGAAGUACAGAAGGGUAUGCUAUGAUAUAUGGCACAAGAUGGGACGAUAAAUGGCCUGCUGGAAGUCAGUGAUGACCUGACCACCGGCUUGAAGGGACGAAAGAAGUAAUGCAAAAGAAGAAUAUGAAGAAGAAGAACGCUCUGAGCGCUUCGAUGGCCCU